AUGGAUUUAUCUGACGUGGCAACAAAUUCGACUGAAACGUUUUUAGAUGCCAUUGCAACGAAUUCAGCUGAACAGUGUAUCAAUACCAUUCUAUCAAAAUCAACAUGUGACACGGCUCUCGAUGAUAUCGCAACAAGUUCAUCUGAAACAUUUUUCGAUGUCACUACAGCGAAUUUGACAGACACGUUUGUUGAUAUGACAGCACAGAAUUCAACUGGCACAUAUUUUGAUAUCAAUGCAACGAAUAUAACUACAGAAGUAUUCGGCAUCGUUGGCGUGAGUUCAUAUGAGUCAGUUUUCGAUAUCGUAUCAGCGUGCUUGUACAUCUGUGUUGCUUUGGCCGGAGCUACCGGUAAUAUUAUGGUGUGUUAUAUUGUAUAUACGAACAAGAAACUAAGAACUCCGUCGAACAUUCAGCUUGUAUCGUUGGCUAUAACAGAUGUGUUAGUUUGUACCUUAACUUCAUUGACGCGGUUUGGUUUCACAGUGAACAGUCUUCUGCACGGGGAAAUCAAUAUAAAAGGCCCGCUGUGUACUUUUCAGAUAUUUAUUUUGUACUCCUCAUCUUUCACAACUAUAAUUUCUUUGGCAGCUAUCAGUGUUGCAAGAGCGAUAGGUGUGGCAGAUAUAUGCUCACGGAGCACCAAACGGAAGGUUAUCUUCAUUUUGAUUGUUGUCACUUGGGUUACUGGGAUAGGAUAUGGUACAUUGAAGGCAUGGGCCGGGGAAGACCUCACAUGCAAUCUAGAGCCAAUAAGUCAGGUAACAAGAAACGCGUCAAGAGGUGGCAUACUCAUUGUAUUUCUAUCGCUGUUAACAAUGGUGGUGUCAUAUUCCUACAUCUACCAUGUGACCAAUCGACAUGAAAAAUCAUUUCAACGAGCCAUGGAGGCAGCAGGCAGCCGCCGACAAACACAACGCAAACCAAUGAACCUUGCAACAUUGAAAGUAUUCGUGUUACUCAUUUCUAUGUUCACAAUAUCAUAUUUACCGGCUGCAUUAUAUGGUUCGCUUGUAGUCAAUAUUGAUAGACUUAGAAACGAACAUUUCGGCAAUUUCAUAUUAUCAUUGGUGUGUUUUGGCAGCCUGAUAAAUCCUAUAAUAUACUCCUUAACCUCCAAUCAGUUUAAAAAUUACUUACCUUUUAAUAAAAAGACAUCUAUCAACGAAAUACAGCUAAGACAACGAUAUAGAACUGGAACGAAACCCCCAGUAAUAACACCCAUUAUAUAA